AUGGCAGAAACAACCCGAGCCGACCCUACCGGUGUGGCCCGGAAGGAGUCCACAUUAUCUUCGGGCACUUUCACCGAGUUACCCACGAUCCCACAAGCCAAGGUGUUUGGUCCGGCGACACCUCUAGCUUCAGACGAAUUUGACUUUGCCGCGAAAUCGAGCACCGCCGAGAACGAAGCAGCUGACUACUUAAACGGGGGGAACCCUCACGAGAGGAUAUCUCCUCAAGCAAAUUUCCCGGGCUCAUCCCAGACACCGACAUCAAAUACCGACAUUCCUUCGCAGCCUAGAGCCAUGUCUGAUGUCGCCGAACCGUCCUCCCCUAUUGCCGGUCGGAAGAGCGUGCAGUUUACCCCAGACGAUGGGCUUCCCGAUCCACCGGUAGCGCACUCGAGAACUGGGUCCUGGGACACGAGGGAGGCUCUGGGGAAAAUCCGCGGUUCGGGUUUUAUAUCAAAGCUCAAAGAACUCGCCGGGCCGAGCGGUGCGCAGACCCCGAGAAUGCCAGCCACGACUCCAGAGCUACCAUCGACAGCCAGCUCGCCAACCGCACUUCGAUAUACAAACCGGCUCCCCCGCGCCACAGACGAAGGGAGUGACGACGACGCAGAUGCUGAGGAAACAGCCGACGAGACCGCCGCUACGCCUUCAAAAGGGAAACAGAAGAGGAGGAGGCGUAUGCGGAGGCUCAGGAUGGAAUCCUACUCGGUCCCCAACACCCCACAGAUGAGCUCGCUAGGGCCCGAAACGUCGGAUGCCCAGAGGCGCUUGGCCUUUCUGAGGCGUACUCCGUUGGCUGGCGUCGAUGACCACGGGUUUUCCGAGGGUGAAGGGCGUGACCGCCUUGCCGGGCAACGUGGCUCGAGGAGGGGGAUGAACUGGAGGUCUAGACCGGGCGAGGAAGGAGAGGACGCUGACAGCCCUGUCGGCCUUCGAGUAGGCCAUCACUUCAGGCGGCUUUCUGCUCUUGGUGGUGGCGGCGGCGGCGUAUCUGAUGGCGAUGCCAUGACCCCCAGGAGACCCUUCUUUAAGGCAGACAGAGCCUCGACUUUCGGCGUCCAGAAAUGGCGGCAAGUCAAGGGCGCACUAAACUUCUUACGCCAGAAAAAAGACGAGCAGUUCGACUUCUCCAAAUCUGCAGAACUUAUGGCAGAGCUCUUUGGCGGUGCACCCGCCGUGCUGAUGCUCGCAAGUAUGAUUCAGCGCGAUGAGCACGGCAAUAAGAGGAUACCGGUGUUGCUCGAGCAGCUAAGGCUGCGUAUUACCGACAGCACCCCGGCCCCGGAUAAGGACAGCGAAAGGCAUUGGAUGUUCACCAUGGAGCUCGAAUACGGGAGUGGCCCGAGCCAGAUGAAGUGGACAAUCAAGCGGAGCAUCAAGGACAUUAUGAACCUACACUGGAAGUACAAGCUGGCCUUGGGCAACGAAGGGUUCCCUUCCAAAAGUUCCGAUUAUGGCGGGCGGCGGCCCAAACAACCACGCUUCCCCCUUUCUGCCUUUCCCUAUCUCCGUGGCGUGAGAGGCCUAGACGACAACGAGGAAGAGGAACUCGGCAACGAGACCCGUGCCGAAGAGACGGCGGGCGAGAUGACCGCCGGUGAGGUGACAGUACAAGAAGGGACCGAUGUGGAAGACAGGCCGCCUAUGCGCAAGAAGCGCUCACGGAUGCCUUACCUUGGUGGUCGGCGUAAACCCUCCGCACUUGGCUCAAAUGCCGACCUCGGCCAGGUCGUCGUCGACGCCGCCACCCAAAAGAGGAAAUAUGUCGAGCGGCAGCAGAGGAUGCUGGAGAGGUAUCUCCAGGACAUGAUUCGAUGGCUCAUGUUCAGGGCAGACAGCAACCGCUUAUGCCGCUUCCUCGAGCUGUCCGCCCUGGGGGUCCGGCUGGCGGCCGAGGGCAGUUACCACGGGAAAGAAUGCUACCUGCACAUCCAGUCAUCCCAAGGCCUCGAUUUCCGCCGCGUGCUGACACCGGGCAAAGUGAUUGCGAGACACAGCCGAAAGUGGUUCCUAGUCCGACAGAGCUACAUUGUAUGUGUUGAAUCGCCCGAGAAUAUGAACAUCUACGAUGUCUACCUCGUCGACCCCAAAUUCCGGAUCGUCACCAAGAGCAAAGAUAAGCAGCUUCGCGCUAUGAGCCGAGAGCGAGAUGAGGAUAUUGAAAACCUCGAUCCCUCUGCACCUCGACCCACUGGUGGCCAUCAUACACUCAAGAUCAUCACCUCGGAACGGAAGGUGAAGCUCUUUGCUCCCAACCAGCAUCUCAUAUCCCAGUUUGAGGAAUCCAUCCAGGAAAUGCUAAAGCACACUCCCUGGCACCUCGAGAAUCGCUUUGGCAGUUUUGCCCCGGUUCGAACAGGAGUGCAUGCCCAGUGGUUGGUCGACGGUCGCGACUACAUGUGGAAUGUCUCCCGUGCCAUCAGCAUGGCGAAGGACGUCGUCUACAUUCAUGAUUGGUGGCUGAGUCCCGAGCUCUACAUGAGACGGCCCGCCUGCAUCAGUCAAAAGUGGCGUCUCGACCGUUUGCUCCAGCGGAAGGCUGCCGAAGGUGUCAAAGUCUUCGUCAUUGUCUAUCGUAACGUCGAGGCCGCCAUUCCCAUCGAUUCAGAGUACACCAAGUUCUCACUACUCAACCUCCAUCCAAACAUCUUCAUUCAACGGUCACCUCACCAGUUCAAGAAGAACCAGUUCUUCUUUGCUCACCACGAAAAGGUCUGUAUCGUAGAUCACGAUAUUGCUUUCGUGGGUGGGAUCGACUUGUGCUUCGGCCGGUGGGAUACCCCUAAACAUCCCGUGGUGGACGACAAACCCACCGGGUUCGAACCCCAAGACGCCCCCAAGGACGCUGAACACUGCCAACUGUUCCCCGGCAAGGAUUACUCCAAUCCUAGAGUCCUAGAUUUCUCCAAGCUCCACGAGCCGUACGCAGAGAUGUACGACAGAUCAAUGACGCCGCGCAUGCCCUGGCACGAUAUCGCGAUGCAAGUCGUGGGGCAGCCGGCACGGGAUCUCACCCGGCACUUUGUGCAGAGGUGGAAUUAUGUCCGACGCGGACGGAAGCCGACACGGCCUACCCCGUUUCUACUGCCGCCGCCAGACUGUAAGCCAGAGGAGCUCGAGGCAAUGGGUCUUAAUGGCACCUGCGAAGUCCAGAUCCUCCGUUCCGCCACAACGUGGUCGCUUGGUACCGAGGACACAGAGCACAGCAUUCAGUCGGCCUACAUCAAAAUGAUUGACAACUCGGACCACUUCGUCUACAUCGAGAACCAGUUCUUCAUCACUAGUACCGAAACCUUAAAUACCAAGGUCGUGAACGGUAUCGGCGAUGCCCUGGUCCGCCGUAUCAUCCGGGCUCACGAAAACGACGAGGACUGGCGUGCCGUGAUCGUGAUGCCGCUUAUGCCGGGUUUCCAGAACGAGGUGAACCAACCCGACGGGUCCAGCGUCCGGUUGAUUCUGCAAUUCCAAUACCGCAGCAUCUGCCGAGGGGAGCACUCGAUCUUUGGGCGCUUACGGGCUGCCGGCAUCGAGCCGGAGGACUACAUCCAGUUCUUCAGUCUCCGACAGUGGGGCAAGCUGAACAACGGUGUUCUGACAACAGAGCAGCUCUACAUCCAUGCCAAGUGCAUCAUUGUUGAUGACCGUAUCGCCUUGAUCGGUUCGGCCAACAUCAACGAACGAUCAAUGCUGGGCAGUCGCGAUUCUGAAGUCGCCGCCGUCGUCCGUGAUACAGACCUCAUCUGGUCGACCAUGGGGGGCCGGCCGUACCAGGUCGGGCGGUUCGCGCACACGCUCCGUCUUCGGCUCAUGAGAGAGCACCUGGGCCUGGACGUGGACGAAAUCUUGGAAGAGGAGCGACAGGCUGAUCUUGACCGCGAAGAGCAGUUCGAGGCAGAGAUGGACGAAAUCUACGAGGAGGAGUCUGAUCCGUCGCCUAUGGAAGAGAGUUCCAGACGACGAAGAUCUUCCUUUACCGAGCCACCCAAAACCCCAACGCUGCCUCAGGAGCCUCAUAGCUUUAACCACGAUGCCGGCUCGGAAGAGCCUCGCGCUCGGAGGCGGACUCUUUCGAGAAGCUCAAAGCGCCAGGCUUCCCCCGCAGAGCCCUCCGUCGAGAAGCACCACCAAGAAGUGGAGGGUUUCGGCGCCGACCGGUGGAAGAAUGCGCAAGAGAAAGGUCUCGAUCAAGGUAGAGAUACCGUGAUCAUCAACAACCGUGAGGUGCUCCUCAAGGACGUUGCGGCGGAAGGCAAGGGGACGCUUGACAACCCGAGGGACCCGCACGAGCUUCGGCGCGUGUCUGGUGCUGCGACUCCCGAAAGCGCCAGGGUUCACGAGGGCGCGCCGCCGAUGCCACCCUUCGACCGACGAACGACUGAGCAAGCCGGCCUUCCCCGAGCAAACCAGCUGCCGACAUUGCCCAUUGUCGAUGAUACGGACAUCGGCGGGCCGCCGGUCCGGGUUGAUUCGGCUGGCCGGCCGGUUCACGGCAACGCUACCUCGCUCCCCAUCGAUAUCAAACUAGCCGACAUCCAUAAAGAUUGCAUGCGCGAUCCUCUGAACCCUACUUUCUAUGACGACGUCUGGUCCCGUGCUGCCGAGAACAAUACGCGGAUCUACAGGCGUGUUUUCCGGUGCAUGCCGGAUUCGGAAGCGACCAACUGGGCCGAAUAUAAAGAUUUCAACAACUAUAACGCCCGUUUCAAGGCAAGCAUGGAUGGUCACCGAACGAGCGAGGAAGAGGAAAAGCCCAGUGCGGCCGAGGGGGCGUCGGGUCAAACCGCAGCGGGCGCUGGCAUCGGCGCGCCUGGCCCCGCUGCUGGUGCGGCUGCUGCUGUGUCUGAGAAACUCGGUGGCGUAGCAAAAGCCGCCACGAAGAUGACUCCGUCCCACGGCGACGGUGCUAUGGACGAGAAGCAGGCCAUGGCUGACGGGUUGCGGGACGAGACCCCCCGGGCGAGCACGAACCGCGAAGUGGGGAGGCAAGACGACGCCAUCAACUCGAGCCGCGACACACUCCCCACCACCGAGGCCAACGCCCGCCUCGGCGCGCGGCCCGACAGUCGCAAGGAGCGCCGUCCUACCUUUUCCAACCAGGAGAAGCCACCGCCGACGGGCGUCAGCACAGGUUCCGGGAACGGAAACAACCUCUCGGCGGCAACAAGCAACCGCGAUUCUACCCAGGGCGGCGCCAGCGGUCCCGGUGUCAAGCCGGCAGGCUCGCAGAAGCGCCGCCGCCGCGCGACGACUAAGGGCAGCCGGCCACGCUUCGGCGUGCCUGAGGAGCUGUUGUCCAAGGCCGACGCGGAGGAGCUGCUGCAGAUGACGCAGGGCCCGCUGGUGCAGUUUCCGUACGACUGGCUCGCGGUGGAGGAGACGAAUGGGAACUGGCUGUUCCAGGUGGACCAGGUGGCGCCGUUGGCUAUCUAUAACUGA